UGAAAGGACAUGACAAGAGUAAACAGCGCGCUUUGUUUACCCUGAGCUAUCGACCUGGCAAGCGCAUCGCGUGGAAUUGUUUUGCUGAGCUCGAAAGCACUGGCCAGAUCUUGUAUCGGAAUGAUUGGCAGGCUCGAGGCGGAGAAAGACCACCGCGUCCGCGACUUUGUCUUUUGGCCGGACAGCGGCAAAGUAGAACCAAAAGCCUCUCUCUGCCGACCAAAACCUGGCCAUGCGGCGAUUCCUGGCAAGCAGUCGCUGGCAGCGCCAGUUUCUAUCUCGUGCUGUUCGCCGUGACAGCCGCGGGCAUCGAGUUGGCCCUCAAUGGCCCUCGAUUUCCGCCCGGAGCUGUUCGUCUUGCUCCACAGCACGGACUGCGAGCAGUGAUGCCUCUGUUGUCCAACCUCACACGCCAGCAGCAGAUCAUCGAGUCCUCGGAACGGCGCAAGAACUCUUCACCUCGUCUCCCUACAGUCCCGGAUCACCUCUCUUCCUCCCGAACGGUACGCAUGUUGUCAACAAGCUCAUCUCCUUCCUCCGCACCCAAUACCGCCAGUAUGGCUUCCGCGAAGUCCUGACUCCCAAUAUCUACAAACGAUCGCUGUGGGAGGUCUCGGGUCAUUGGCAGAACUACAAAGAUGAUAUGUACGAAGUGCACGGGCGAGGUGCGACCGGCACGACGGAGGGGGAAGCUGGAGAGGAUGAAUCCUACGGACUGAAGCCGAUGAACUGUCCGGGCCACUGUCUGCUAUUCAAAUCACAGAACCAUUCCUAUCGUGAGCUCCCAGUGCGGUACGCAGACUUCAGUCCACUACAUCGCAAUGAGGUCUCUGGGUCCUUGAGCGGCCUCACUCGUGUGCGCCGCUUCCACCAGGACGACGGCCAUAUCUUUUGCCGGCCGCAGCAGAUCAAGAGGGAGAUCGCACUAGCCCUGGGGUUCGUAGACAUGGUCAUGAAGACAUUCAAGCUGGGUCAAUAUCGACUCGUAUUGUCUACAAGGCCGGAGAAGGACUUUAUUGGAAGUCUGGAGCUGUGGGAUAGUGCGGAAGCCCAGCUACGAGAGGCGUUGGAUGACACUGGAAGACCGUGGGAGUUGAACGAAGGAGACGGGGCAUUCUACGGUCCCAAGAUCGAUAUUCAGUUGCAAGAUUCGGAUGGAAAGUUCCAUCAGCUCUCCACGAUACAGCUGGAUAUGAACCUCCCCCAGAGGUUCGGUCUAGAAUAUCAGGUAGCAGAAGGAGAGGAAGAUUAUAACCCGGACACACCUGGGAGAGCAACUCCGGUAUUGAUCCAUCGAGCCAUCUUCGGAUCAUUAGAGCGGUUUCUGGCAUUGCUGAUCGAACACUACGCCGGCCGCUGGCCGUUCUGGCUGUCUCCCCGCCAGGCCAUCAUCCUAACGGUCCAGCAGGACGACACUGUCUUGCGUCAGGCGCAAGAGGCUGCAGCCAAGUUCGCUGGAUUUCGCGCACUUCUGCAGGACCAUAAUCAGGCCGAACCCCCAGCCCCGUUAUCGUCGGUCGAUCCAACUUUCUUAGUUGAUGUGGACACCAGUAGCCAAUCGCUGGGUAAGAAAAUACAGCGGGCAAAACAGAUGAAGUACAAUCUCAUCUUUGUCCUUGGCUCUAGAAACCUCGCAGACGGCACAAUCGAGCUAGAUAUCGCCGGGCAAAUGCAAAGUAUGGACGAUGCCGGUGCUACGAAAUUGCAGCAUAUCAUGGAACGGCAAGUCGGGGCAGAUGCUCUUCGAAAUCCUCGAGCCGUCAAGAUGAAGGUCGAUGAUGUGCAUGACCUCCUAGUCCAGCUCGAGAAGAGUUUCCUAUGAGUGCGGCAGCUUACGCCUUUCUAAUUAUUAGCUUGCGAGACUUAUGCCCGCUCUGCAUCCCUUGUCCUUUUCUCUUUUUUGAGGCAAUGUCCCUUUGUCCCGGGCCAUAUAUUAUGAAUUGUAUUAUAGAUGUACAGUACAGUGCAUGAUUACGGCAGAAUGUAUGUAUAGAUUUUUGAGAAACAUUUUUGGACCCCACGGAGCCCAAGCCUAUUUUUACGAGUGUGAUUGAUCCCUUGUUGCCACAUCCAAGUGCUCUCAUUUGCCUGUAUCAUGAUUCUUAUUAAUUGCACCACAUUGGGCACAUGUUAAUCCAUCCGUGGGUCAUCCUUUUGGGCGCCACCAGACUACACUACGAGUCUACGACUCAUAUCCUGUCGACUUAUGCCCUCCUUCGUUCUGGUCAGA